AUGGCAGACAAUGUAUUCGAAAUUCUGCAGGAUAUCAUGGAAUGCGGCAUCCUCGAUUCCAGCCCAGACAGACAGACGACUGCAAGGACUGUGCAAUGCAAAGAACCUGGUGCAAGUGAUGAUGGGUGGAAUUCAGACACAGAUAUGAACGAUCUUUUGGCGGCCAUAGAAAACUGUGGAAUAUUGGACAAAGGAAAGGAGAAUUUAAUAGACAGUAAAAAGCCGCGUGGAAGGCCGAAAAAAAAAUUGAUCAAGAGAACUGUGAAUCGCAGUACUAAAAAACAGGCAUGUCCUGAAGAUUGGUUUGAGGUGGAACAAUCAGCUCAAAAUAAUGGCCGGAAACCUAUCAUACGAGCCACAAUAAGCCCAGUACCUGAGGAUGUACCAGCCGAUAGGAAUGUCGUUCAAGUUAGCAACAGUGAUAGAACAACAACAGGAAGACGUGCAGAAGUUCCUGUCAUGGUAUCCCAUAUCCACGGCGGAGACAAGGCACAACAAAUGUUAUAUGAGAGUAGCGGAGCCCUCGAAGAAACUGGAGUGACAAAGAACAGAGGUCGAGGACGUCCUAAAAAGCACGUGGUGGGUUCACGUUCAACAGUGUCGAAAAAAAAAGUUCUUGAUGUGGUCACUGACACACACGAUCAUGGGAAGGGGAAUACAAAUACCACAAGCAGUGGAGUCGACAACGAGGAACCCGGGCCAAGGGUUGAUAUCACAAUGCCUGAUACUGCUUCUCGUGCCAUGUCACGCCCAAUUCUUUGGACAGAUGCCUGGAAUAAUUUACAAACACUUCAAUCAAGCACAUGGCUUGACGCAGCAGUGGCAAACUUUUAUCUGUGCCAUGUCUGGUAUGAAGGCCGAGGCCGAACCUGCAUGAGAUAUCUGGACAUGUACGCGGCAAUGGCGGGUGAUUUAUGCGAUCAUGAGAUACAGGAAAUGAGGAUCAACCACUUCAUCGAUCCAGAUGCUGCAUGUCCCAUGGUUCCUGUCGGAUUCAUCGUCCAUCACUCACAACAUUUCUUCGCUGUAAUAUUCGAUUUUAUACGACAUACAGCACACGUCCUUGGCCGCAAUAUUUCGAAUCAUAUUAUGCAUGUUCGUCAGACCAACCUGGAUGACUGGGAAGCUUGGGAAGGGCCUAGAUAUUGGAGGAAUGUUGCAGCACUACAUGGGUGGACAGCAGGCGAUGUAACCGAUGUUUGCAUCAGAACUCAAGAUUGGACGCAAAAUGGAGUCGACUGUGGCCCAAUAGCUUGCUCCGUGCUGGAGCAAGCUCUGACAUGCGGGUUGGACACACGUGGCAAUUUGCCGCCGAUACAUCUAAAAUGUGGACACAAACUGCGCAUGGAAAUAUUCCGCGUUGUUUUGGGGCGGAUCAAGAUCAGCUGUACAGAUUACAUGAUGCUUCUGGACAGUCCCAAAACUCAUUGGAUGGCUCAUGACAUUCCAGAUGAAGAUGAUCCCGAAGACCACUUUCACCACAUUGACGAUCACAAUGUCACCUCCCAUCACGAUGACAAUCAAUAUGAGGAGGGAGGAGCAGUCGAGAAACAUAGAGUGUCAGAGGUACCAUCAAGCACUGAACAUAAAAUACAAGCCCCACCCACAUGGCACCAACUCAGGAGGGUUCAUGCACAGAAACAUGAAAGACGUCCUGUUAUCCGUGCGACGAUCAGCCCUGUACCAGGGGGUACAGUUACACUUGAACAUGUUGCCAAUGUCAACGACUAUACAAGUUCCACACAGGGAUCCACCAGGCGUAGUCGAGGCCGCCCCAAAAGGAAGUCUGGACGUCACUAUGGGCCAAGGUUGAAGAAAAAUAUGCGUCCGAACCUCCCUGAAGGGCAUGAUCAUGGCGAUGAAUUCGAGUUCCUUGCACACGAUAAUAAUUACCAAUCUCGAGGGGAAGAAGCCUUGCCGCACAGAAGACAAAAUAAUAGGAGUCUUGCAACACAACAUGCUAGGCAAACACGAGCGACUUGUGAAGGUGAAGAAAUCACCAUGGAAUCUCGGUGGAGUCCAGGUAAUUUUUUGGGAGAGAUAGAUGAUGACGAGUACAGACCUUCGCCACCACCGCUGCCUGAGGUCCGGUUACCGUCACUGGAGGCACCACCACCGCCACUAGCUAAAAUGACAGUUGGAGACAUUACUUGUCGUGCAAUGGCCAGGCCAUGUGUAUGGACUUCUGCCUGGGACAACUGUAGAACCCUUGGGUUCAACGAGCGGCUUGAAGCGACGGUUGCAAACUUUUACCUGUUGCAUGUUUGGUAUGAGGCGCUGAACAGAUCACGCAUGCGAUAUGUGGAUGUACAUGCAGCAAUGGCAAAAGAAAUGGCAGAUGAAGACCUGGAGCGUUUUAGGAGGAACCAUUUUGUGCCUCAUGAUGGCGGAUGUCCUGUGGUCCCUGUGGGAUUCAUAGUCUGUGAUGCCGAAUUCUUCAUCAGUGUCAUCUUCGACUUUCAGGAACGCAAAGCGCACAUCCUGGAUUGCCAUAUUUCUGAUGGCACAUUGAACAUACAUCGAAAUGAUUGGAGCAUUUGGGGAGGACCUGAAUAUUGGAGAAAAAUUGCGACCCUUCAUGACUGGAGCCCCGGAGAUGUAACAGAUGUGUCAGUGAUACACCGGGAUGUGACCACAGAUGUGGUGGACUGCGGCCUCAUGGCCUGCUCUGUGCUGGCACAUUUCUUGAUCUCAGGAGUCGAUGGGCACGGUAAUCUACCACCAUUUCAAACACAAUGCGGCCACAAGCUCCGCAUAGACAUGUUGCGCGUUGUCGCCGGACGUAUAAGGAUGAGCUGUAGUGACUACCUCAUGCUCCUGGACAACAGACCGGACGAUUGGCUAGAAGAUGAUAUUCCAGACGAUGAGGUCAUCAAUUCCAUUCAACAUGGGCGGCAUCAGGCUGAAUGCCUCGAGCUCUUGCGUAAAUUGACUAUCAUCAGCGCUACAUGCUCGGCAUGCCAAUCUCCCAUCCUCAACCAGGCAGGACGCAGCCCCUUACACCAUGAUGAGAAUCGUGGUGACACUCCAGUUGAUCGUGAUGAUUCAGAAGAUGGUUAUGGCGAAGAUGAGGAUCACCUCGGCACAAUCCUACCUGCAGAAAGAAAGGCGAAGCUCGUCCAACUUUUCAAAGCGAACAAAGAACUGGCUGGAUCCCGCAACCGAAAUGCAAUUCCUGCUCGUGCUGUUGGGACGCAUCUUCAAAUAGAAUCAGAGCCGUCAGCUGAAACAGAUGGUCAAGUUGAUUCUCAACGCUCCACAUCAGCCUCAGCAACUCGUAGGCGAGUGUCAAACUGGAAUCUGGGAAGCAACAAACGAUUUCCUCGACCAAUCGCUCCAGUACCACUAGUGGCAUAUUCAGGUAGAAGAUGGCUUCAAGACAAUAGGAACUUCGAUGAUUAUGAGGGUGGGCCUACAAUAGAGAUGCUGAGACCUCCGAGGGACGUCAAUCCUACAAUGACAAUUCCAGGAUGGAGGCAUGCAGCUGUCCACUGCUUGGGUGGACUGGCUACAAUGGCGCACAUCAUGCCGGUUGGCACAACCGAUUGCUAUGAUGCAUCCAAACAAGUGCCAGAUCGUGUCACAGGAGAAUACACCCUCGACCGGCGAGGGCCUGACCAGGAUGGACGCUGCACACGGGUAUCAGAUGUGGACAUAAUGUCUGCGUCUGAAAUCAUAGAUUCUGUGCAGUACGACCCUCCGCUGCAUGAUGAGUGUAGGUUUGGACACAACGCCUUUGUGCGUGGCCGCACUAGUCAUCGGUAUGGAGAUGGACCUGCAUUGUAUAUUGAUCUCGAAAAAGAUGCAAUCCAAUUUUCGGAAGAUGAGAUAGAGAUCUCGGUGGACAUAGACAGCAUCAUCUGGACCACGAAGACAUUCCGGUGCAGGGGAUCCGUCGGCAUUUAUGUGACUCCACCAUUUCAAGUGAAACCUGGGAUAUUCAAGCAUAACCAUACAUAUGUCGACAUCACAAUUCCACAGUCAGAGGCCGAUGCGCAUGUGCCCGGGGGCAGGACCGAAUGGCUGUCCAAACGCUUUCCAAUGUCUGCCAUCCCUCAUGCUUGCAUUGGGAGGAUAUCAUCUGCUUCCUCAACGCUGAAUCUUUAUAUCGCAUUUCCAAGAAUGAUUCACCGACACCCAGUGAACGGCCGGAGAAUCACACUCAUUCCCCAGGAGGUCUUGGACAUCUUCUGGGAUAGGGUGUUGCUUCCUUCCAUAGGAGAUUGCACGGAUGCGAGCUGGGCCCCUUACCUCAAGCACACAUUGGAGGAGGCGCGAUACAAGGCUAAUGGAGCGGGAGGACGUAGAGGGGGAUGGGGACCGCCCAAAUCAAUUCCCCUAUCUGAUGAUGACUUCAAGGAUGUACAGGAACGCAUGCAGGAUCGAAUUCGCGAUGGAGAGGCUGAGCUGAGUAUGUUUGGGUCGUUGUUCUUCAUCCUGGAAGGAAAGGGCAUAAAGCUGCUCACGAAGGAUGGUCAGAGAGGACGUUUCUCAGGACCAGAAGAGGCCCUUCGUCGAAACCUGUCUGACCUCGACUGGCCAUACAUGAUGAACAGGCAACAUGGAGAACUUCUUGUGGACGUCGGGAUCUCAUUCACACCACGCUCACCAGAUGUACCCGUCGUGGGGGUAUGGAGAUUGGACGCACUUGAAGCAUCAUUUGGUGCAGGGGGGUACAAGAGAGGCGAGAUGCAUCAUCACAACACACUCUCGAGAUACGGUGCACUGCAGGCCGAGAUGCAGCAGGAGAGGGCCCAGCAGACGCACAUCGCAUUCCGAAGCACCUACAACCUCUACUAUGAAUCCAUCCGGACGAACAACAACCGCGUGAGCUUCGCUUCCGACAGCGAUGCAUACAAGCUUUCCCCACCAUACAUGGCUGAAUGCUUCGAAAUGGUCAAGGUCAUCGACGGUUGCAAGGAGAAAACAUAUGGGGUCAGGGACGAGUACAGAGUGAGUGGACAAGCAGCCAGAAUAAUGCUGGAGAAUAUCGACACCAAGGCUACGGAAUAUCUGCGAUCUGAUCCAGUGCUGUGGAUACCAUCGAAGGUCUGGUUCGAGCUUAUUAGAAGAAGGGUUCGGGAGCUUCAGAGGACCCAGAUAGCCAUCGUCAGAAAGAAUCCACCAAACCUCGGCAUCCUCACCGGCCUGCUGAAUCACAUGCUUCGUUCAACGACAUCCACCCCCAUCAUCUAUGACUUCCAUGUUCGCGAGUCCCUUGCUCUCCUCGAGAAUUCGAUCUCGGCCAGCGAGACAUGCUUGGAUGAAGUGCAGCAAGUCGAUGAUGUGAAUGUGCUGGCUCUCAUGGGCGUAAACGCAAAGGCUCAAAGAGAUAGAGCAGUAGGACGAAAAAAUCCACAGGCAAUGGCUGAAUCAGAGCUUGAAGACUAUCCCCUUGGUAGGACGCCGACGUGGACUCGACUCAAGUUGUUCAACAUGGACCUGUCCGUCGGACGAUUGUUCAUCAUGUUCACCAGACACAUAUGGCUCAUGCUGACAACUGAAGUCUUGAAAGGCGUCACACCCCACCCAAUCACACUGCAGGAGGCGAUGAAGUGCUGGACCAUAACGAGUGUCGAUGACGUCCUUUCUGCUGUCGCAUUUGAAGCCUGCAAUUCUGGACUGCAAGACCACACUGGAGUCACGGCCGGUCGGAUGGGUCCCAGGUCCAGAGGCUUUGGUGACAGGUCCACUCUAUUCUUCCCUGAUCCCGAUGCGUCCUACAAGGACAACACUCAGUGGUCCACGCUGUGGGAGGGAGAUGGAUACAUUGCAGAAUUUCACAGGACUAUGCAGACUAUGGACGAGGAUCAGCAAGCAUCGUUGAAGCAAGGAUUAUCCGAGGUUUUUUCGGAGGUUCAUUGUCUCCCAGCAAGUGGGUCUAGAGUGUGGACACAAAAGAAUGAUGCCAUCAUUUUUGUCACAAACCCCACAUUUUACAGGAUCGACUGCAUCGGAAGGGGAGGCGACCGUCAGCAGAGGGCCACCAGAGCACGUCGUACAAUGAAGUUGAUCAAGGGAAAGCGCAUAUUUGCAGCUGACCUGAUGGACUCGCAACCCUUUGACACAGAUGGUAAUCUGAGAACGAAGACCGAGAGACAAAAGCGUCGGGAGAUUCGCAAGAAAAUGACCAUGACCAAGAGAAAUCAGAGAAUCCCCCCUCCCCCACGUUCUCGCAAGCUCCUGCCAUUUCCCAUGCAUAUAGGACAAUCUUUGGAAGGAGAAAAUGUAGUGGCUGAAGAUUAG